AACAUCUGUCUAACUUUAAAAGUGAUCUGCAUUCCAACAUCAGUCUCUGCAUGCAGUAUGUUCGAAAUGAAUCAUGACGACCGUGUAUCGAGAAUGUAACAGACGUGUUUACACACAUUUCACUGACUAUUUGAAAUUAGAACAAGAAAACUAAAUGAAACAGUUAAUAAUUUUUAAUAUGAUCCCAUAAUUGCAUAGAGUUUGAAUUUAGAUGAAGCAACCUCUGUUACUAUAAUUAGAAAUGUGUAAAUGGGCAAUAUAAUUGAUUGUGUAAGUGUGUAUCUUGAUUAUAUGACAUCUGACGCUUCCCAUUUGCAACCAAAUUAUCUAAUUAAUUAAUGGCGGCCAAAAGAAAAAAUGGCCCCCACUUCAGAGUAUGGAUCUGCGAAUGGAAAUUAGCACUGAUAAGUGCAUUCGCCGUCUGUCGCCUUGGCGACACAUGUAAUUUGACUCAUUACCUAUUACGGCCUAAUUGUGAACUAGCAACUUGCAUGGAAGAUACUUUAAAGUUUGAUCUGACUCCAGAAAAUUUUGCCUUAAAGUGGUGAUUUCCAUUAUCCCCCUUUGUAUAAGAAAUGU